GGCGGGCGCUGUCGCCGAGCGCACCAUGCGGGCUGUCAUCGCCUUGGCCGCGGCGCUGGGCAGCCUGCUGCUCGCCGGCUGCCUCCUGCGCUUGGGCGGCCAGCAGCCCCUCCGCGCCAGGGGCUGGGAGGAGGACGCAGAAGUAGCUGCUGUCACGCCGAAAGUGGUGCGAGCCCUCAGGUCCCCCCUCUCGUCCCCGCCUCAGACCGAGAACAGAACAACUGUUAAUAAAAAUGGAAUUUACCAGUUUGAACAGGCUUCAAAAUGUAAGGCAAUUCAGGACAACAUUUUGUCAUCAUCUAUCAAGAAGAAAAGAUAUUCAGAAGAUUAUUAUCUUCACAUAGUCACAAAACUGCAGAACUGCACCUGGAUAAGGAGACCAGAAGAAUCCACAAAAUUCAGGUCAGAAUUAGCUUCCUGCUGUGAUGCAGUUCACAAUUUUAUUGCUUCUCAAAACAACACCCCUCUGGGAAGUAACAUGAGUUACGAAGUGGACAGUAAAAAGACCAUCCUCAUUACACAGGACAUUUUUAAGAUGCUGCCUGUGUCCUCUCCUCUGUCAGUCUAUCCUUUCAAGACCUGUGCGGUGGUUGGAAAUGGAGGCAUUCUGAAAAAUUCCACCUGUGGAGCUGAAAUCGAUCGUUCUGACUUUGUGUUUAGGUGUAACCUCCCUCCAACCACAGGAAGCAUCAGCAAAGAUGUUGGCAAUAAAACAAACCUUGUGACUGUUAAUCCGAGUAUCAUAGCUCAGAAAUACAACAAACUAAAUGAAAAAAAGACAGAAUUUCUGGAGAACAUUGCAGUCUAUGGAGAUGCUUUACUUUUAUUGCCAGCAUUUUCCUUCAGAAGCAACACAGCCACUUCUUUCAAAGUAUAUCACACUCUGCAAGAGUUCAAAGCAACCCAAAGGGCAAUAUUUUUUCACCCCACUUAUCUGAAAAGUCUUGCCCAGUUUUGGAGAACUAAGGGUGUGAAGGCCUACAGGUUGUCAUCUGGUUUUAUGAUCAGUAGUGCUGCUCUUGAGCUGUGUGAGAAUGUGAAGCUCUAUGGCUUCUGGCCUUUCUCAAAAUCCACAGAGAAGAUGCCAAUCAGCCACCACUAUUACGACAACCAACUGCCCAAACCAGGUUUCCAUGCAAUGCCCAAAGAAUACAACCAGAUCCUCCAGCUUCAUGGCAAAGGCAUUUUGAAGUUGCAGUUUGGUAAAUGUGAAUCAGACUAAAAAGGUGAUGAUCCUAAGGAGGCAAUUUGUGUGUAUCUCAGCAGUUCAGUGUUGGAUUUGAUCUCAUGUGAUUCUAAAGCUGCACAUUUGCAGAAGUUGU